AUGCCUCGCCCUACACUACAUACUGGCCGUUUAGGCCUCUUGUUUGUAGUUCUCAUCAUCCUCUCCUGGGACUCCAUCAUUAAAGAGCAACUCAAAAACGACUGCGUACCAGAGAUAACCAACUAUCGAAACCGAUCCGAGACGAAACCCCAGACGGGAUACCAGGUCAUCGACUGCAUCCUCAGGACAACGCCCGAGUUUCGCAAGGCUGAGCUCGCCGCCUCCACAGUCAUCCUCGGUCUUGCUCCAGCGGUGCUGCAGCUUCUGAGCGCGUCUUAUGUCGACACUGCUGUCUUGGCCUUUCGCCGUCCUGGGCUUGCGCUGCUGCUUGCCAUGUCCAGCUCCGGAGUUCGUCCUCUGUCGGCAACGGAAUAUGAAGACUUUAUCGCCAAGAUGGGGACAGACCCUUUCCGAACAAAUUUUGGAAACCCUCACUCAUUCUGGGCACCUCGGGCUGUAUCUGCAGUUGAGUACUUUAUAGUCUGUGCGUCUGUAGCAAACAAUGCCUACCUGGCCUACCAACUCAGCGUCUGGGCCGUCUGCACCUUUGCCCCAGCAAACGACUUUCUGCCUGCUAUAUGGACUGCUGCUUCGGUUGUUAUCCACCUCAUCGGGUAUCUCGUCGCGAGAUUGCGCAUCAAAGUGGAGGGAAAAGACGAUAUCAGCCUCCGCAGCAGCGAAUGGAGGUGGCUCUGGAACGAACUCACACCCACACCUUGGCAGAGCAGAUUGGAAGUCAAGAGUGACACAAAGGAAACUGGAUGGUUCUUGGUAUUAAUCUCAGUGUUAUAUGUGGGCACGGCCCUGCAGGCAUUCUACGGAACCAUUAUUCUGUCGAGUUUGGUUUUCCUCAGUGUUAGAGACUCGGCUAUUGUGGUACUCCGGUUACUGGCGAGUGCUCUCUUUGCUAGAGGAAUCUUGAUUUAUGAAUUGGCGGGCUUUAGGACGGACAGAGAGGGACACGGUCCAUCUGAGAAGUCGGAGUAUACCAUGGUAGAGAUGCGAGCUCUAGCGCGUUCCGUGUAA